GCAGCUACAUCACCGAAAACAGCUGGAGAGAUCUUAUAUCGAGACUGAUAAUGAUUUUCUUUCUUGUGCAAAGUCACGAAACGAAGAUGUUUUGAUUUCGACUGCCGUUAUGAUUUGUCGAUCAUCUUGUGCUAUUUUAUAUAGUUUGAGGAUGAGUUAGCGGCAGUGCACACGAGGGAAAGAGCGUCGGAGCUGCUUGGAUGUGCUCUAAAGCUUUUCUUUCUGCCAUGCCGAGACGAUGAUGAUAGCCAUCACAUGUAAACAUUGGAUGAUACUGAGUCAUCGGAGUUCUUGAGAGGGGACGGGCGGGCGCGACGGUUCUCUAAUUGCCAGGAAAAGAUUACACCUUGUCCUUGGAUGGUCAGUUCCAGACUGGCCGGACAGCAGGAUGGACUGUGCUCGCUGACCGCUGGAGCGGAGAUGAGAGGUAGCACCUUCGGGAAAUGCUCGUGGAGUGACCAAGAAUUUUUGCCUGGAAAUAUGUAAAAUUGGAUAUCAGCAAGUCUGACCAGAUAAAGUAAGGACCAGUUGUCAUAGGUCUUAGAGGACACCAUGCCUAUUGCAGAUAUGAAGCAAGCCCAUAACGGCAAGAGCACCCCUCUUGGAAUUUUGAACAAAGGUCCAGAGUUCUUUAGGCAGCAGGCCCUAUGGAACCAGAGACAUCAUGGGAAGUCUGCGGCUGAGCAACUGGCAGAAUCACGCUCUCAGUUCUUGAAAUGGGACCCAGAUGCACCUCGCAAGCAGUUGAACGACAAUAGUAACAAUCACAGUACAGACCGUCGACUUGAUAGCAAUAGGACCAAUUCAAAACAAUCGAGAGGCAGGACAGUGUCACCUGUGGCUCAUAACGAACAAAUCAUUAAACAGGAGAGGAUUGAUGAGAUUGAAAAGAGAGAAAGCCGGAGAGGGCGCGACAAGAACCGGGAAAACCGGAGAUCAAGAAAGCGCAUGAAAGACCAUGCUAAUGAUGUAAAUGGUAAUAAUAACAAAACAGUCGCUUUUGAGAAGGCUUCACUAGAUUCACCUGAGCGUGAUGAAAAUUUGAAAGAAACUGAAGCUCAUAAAGUGAGUGAAAGUGGAGGGGAAACUGGUGGGACCACGGAUGGUGCAGAAUUUCAUGCUCAACAUAGAAAGUUGAUGGAAGGAAGAUCCAAGGUUUCUCCUCGGCCUUCUGUCAAAGAAAUGGUCUCUAAGAUUGGAGGUGAGACAUCAAGUGAAAGAACAGCUGAUGAAACUCCUACCAGAUUGUUGGAUCACAGAGGGAGAGACAGACCAAAGAGAAAUUUAACUUUUAUGUCUAGCGAAUCUAGUGAAACCAGCCCAGUCUUACCACGCAAGGGGGAUUACUUCUCCCGCAACACAAGACCUCCUGCAGUUAGGGGGAGGGAGCGUGUGAGACCUCCCAAUGUCUCAAAGCAAAGAAACAACAUUGCUGAUCCAAAGUCUCCAACAGGAUCCCACAUUCAAAAUGUCCUCAAUGUUUUGCAUCAGCAAGCAAGUACAUCAUCUUCAUCCCAUGAUGAAACGCCUAGAAGAAGUAUCAGGAAAUCUGGUGCAAAAGUCAGGGGAAAGUCCUGCCCACCAACGAGCCGAUCAAAACCCUCCCUUGCUGAUUUGCUGGCCAAAGAUGCAAAUGCCGGCAGACCAAGAAGUAAGGACUUGAAUGACCUAGAAAAUUUAACCAGCACAGAGAGUGACGAUUCACACGUUGUCAAAUCAAGGAUCCGGUCUUUCCAAUCGCCGGCAACUCAGGAAAAGCAAACUGUAGCAAAGACUCUAUCAAAGAAGCCUUCUAAUACAUUGUGUGAUCAUACCAGCAAUCAUACAUCAUCUAAAGAGAAAUAUUCGGCUGAAUGUCAAAUUAGCCCAACAACUCGAUCAAAACAAUUUUCGGAUAAAAACUCUGUCAACUCAGCCUCUCCCAGGGGUAAUGAAAGAAAGGCAGCACCAAAGGGAAAGUCUGCAAUACUACCCAAUCCCUCAGAUAUUUAUUCGCUUCCUCAUAAACCAAAGAAAAAUCACAAGAGACAGCCAUCAACGUCGGAUGCCAGCCAUUGCUCUUCAUCCAGCGACAGAGGUGGUGAAAAACCAGUUUUACAUCCUAAACUGGUUUCUAACCAUAACACCAUAGCAUUGUCAAAAAAGCCAUUGGUCAAGUCUAAGUCUGCAGAUGUUGGUCUGAUGAAAGGCAAGGGAAAUUCAUCCCAGUCAUUGGCCAAGACAUCGACUUGUAAACCUGCACUUCCAAAGAAACCGGAUGUUUCAAUAAUAAACAAGUACACAAGAAUGUCAUAUCAUUUUUACGAAGAAGUUACUGACCCAAAUGGGGAUCUGACACAAGGUGCUGCUGUUGACCAAAAGGAAAAUAUUUUUGAAAAUCCUGCACACUUUAGCGACCCAGAAGAAUCAUUCGAGAUCGUCUCAGAUGUCACCAACCCUGAUAAUACUGCCCCGCCCAAUAUACCUGAUAAUGUAGCUGUGGUUGUUGAAGACAAGGAAGAAGGGGAUGAUGAUCCAAAGCAAGGCUCAAUGUUCUCUUCUUUAAGUACCCAUAUGAAGAGGUUAAAGGGUAUGCUCCUACGGGAAAAAGAUCCACAAGCGACUCGAAGAGGACAUGACAACGUUAAUGAGGAGCAAGCUACUGAAGAAAACAGAACGAAAAUGUCAAACGAUCAGUCAGGACUCUUUGCUAAACGAAGCAGAAGAAUGAAUUACCAGAGUCCAACACAAAGAAAGUUAGCGGCUCAGUUGGGUUUAGAGUGUAAGGAAAAGGCUGUUGAAUUCGGAUAUCACAAUGUGAAGGAAAAGAAUGACGAUGUACCCUUGAACCAUGAAGGACAAACUCACAAAAUAUCCUCUGGAGAAACAGGACAGUGUAAAGACAUGAAUGAUGAUGACAGCAAGAAUAUUAGGUUAAUGCUUCCUGUUCACUCCAAGUCCUGCAGUUGGGAUGAUUUCAACAGUAAGCAAAGAUUGAAGACUUCUCUUUCCGAUAAUACUUCUCUGGCAACGUCUUUGAGUUGUAACAAAGCCGCCAUUCGAAAGUCAGAAGAAAAAAUAGCGUCUUGUGAGUCAGAAAAAGAAAAAACAUCAAGUCACGCACCUUUCCAGAUGCCCCAUGAAAAACAGAAGCAGGAUUUGAGUAAGAAACUUGAACUGUUUCUCAAAAAGAGCAAGGCAUAUGACAGUCCUGGAAGUUCCCCAACUAAAGGGUCAUGUGAAUCGGGGAAACUGAAAAAGAAAGUGAGUUUUGACGACUCUGGAAUACCAGAGUCCGUAGAAAGGACAUCAGAAAAACAAACCUUGAUACGGAAGGUGUCAAUUACACCUUUAAAUCAAAAUUACGAUGAAGUGGAAUAUGAUAUGGAUUCAAAGAAGGAUUUAGUGGAGGAAACCAUAAUUAUAGACAGUUCCAAUUCCAUUCGAUUAGCUACACCAAGGACAACGCAUGCAUCAUCUGCAACAUCAGACACCCGAAAUGCACUGAAGAUUUCAGAAGAGCAUGCUGUUUGUGCAGAUAGCCAAGAGAUUUCUGGUGCGGAAGAAGUUGAAAUGUUGGUUGAAUUGUAUGAUGAUCCAGGACAAACAGCACCAUCAAAAAAGUCUUUGGAAAGGGAACCAUCUUCUGAUGACAACCAAGUCAGUGCCACUGGAAAGUGCCAAAAGACGUCCAAACUUGUGGAAUUAAGAAAAGCCUCAGUGAGUACAGACUUAGACACAUCCCCAACCCAUGAUUACAGAGGUACACCUCACGAGGCUGAUGUAGAAAAGAAGCACAAAAGUGGCACAUGUACCUCUUCUUCAGGUUAUGCGAGAGCAAAAGGGGAAUAUGACACAUCAUCAAGGUCAGAUGACUGUGGUUUAGGAGCAACCAGAGGAAAAGUUAAACAUUUGAAACCCUACAAUGCAAGACCAUUCCGUAACAAGAAUUUCAGCAGUGAUGAAGAUGUUAUACCUGAGGAACACACACGGAAGUCAUUUUGGCAGACCAAGGCCCAACUAGAUAUACAAGUACAAAAUACUAAACAGAAGACUGGUCAAGCUCGACUUGAGAGUUUUGAAUCUUCAGGUGAUGGGGAUGUUUCUAUUGAAUCAUCCAGUAUACGACGUUCCAAGUCAGAACCAAGCAAUGCCACAUCAGCUGAUGGACUUGAUCAGUUCUUUGAAAGGAUGGGUCUAGAUGAAAGCCUCCUGAAGGUGGUUGGCGAACCACAUGUCUAUGAUGAAGAAGAAGUCUUUCAUGAGAUGCAUGUCUGGAGGCCACGGGCGCACCGGGGAUCGGAGAGUGAUGACUCCAACACGUCCUAUGCCAUGUCAGAGACGAGCAAUGUCAGUGAGGAAGGCGUGAUGAACCUGAGGAAGUUCACUAAGCAGCUUCCAGACCAGUCCAUGUCCAUUGUCACCAAGAAUGCAAGGGUCAUCAAGUGGAUGUGCCAAUGCAAGAAAGCCAGGAACCAAAGCAUAUCAUGACAUCUGCUGCUUCCCAACACAUUACAUGUAUCUACAUGUAUGUAAUUGAUGUGAUGGACUCCAGCCGGACGACACUAACAACCAAGCUAGCUCUCAGUUCAGAGGAGGUGACUGGUUAAUCGAUGUGGAGGGCUGGACUCGCUCGCAGGGAAUGGACCGUAUGCAUCGAUGUCAUCGUGCCGCCAUCUUAGAGGCUGUAGCCAUUGCCUUGCAUGCAUUGGGAUCGACAGCUGGUGCAUCUCUGACAACUUUGUUUAUGCGUUUUCCUAUGUCCUCUGAGGGAGGGCGAUAUGAGGUUAUGACAUCAUUUGCAUAUUGGUCUUUGAGAAGGAGUGCUCUUUUCACUGCUCUGAUUUGACAUCAAUAUAUUCAAAACAGUAAAGUACUGGGAAAUGUGUCAUUAUAAAGCCGUUUCUAAUUUACAAACAAAACGCACUACUGUUAUAACAAUUGAAUUUGAUGAUUGAACCGUCUGCACACAUGUGUCAACUCGAGGUAUUUUACAAAUAUUUAGGGGGUGAGUUGUAGUGUGUUGCUGAACAUUAUAUGACCAGAGAGGUUCGGCCAUGUGAUAUAUCUCUGAUGCGUUACACUGAGUAUGUCCUCAUCCAAAAAAUCCCUGAGCAAUUUACUUGCAGGACCAAAAUGCCCAAACACCCAGCGGCACAGGUAUGGACGUCAACUGUCACAGCAGCAUCCGCCGUCCAAGGUGAAAGCUCCUUAUUGUUACAUCUGCACCAGAUACAGUGUUUAGAUCCCGUCUCCAGAUCCUGCGAUAUCUAUAUACCACCUUCCAUCAGCAUUUCCAGAAACAGCAGUGUCUUCAUUCGUUAUACAUGGAUAACGUCCUGGGUGUCACAAGCAUAUUUUUAUUGUGGGAGUGAAGGUGGGGGCGAGGAUGGUGUACACAAUAACAGGCACCUUGUCAAACGCCAUAGUCGCUACUUUUGGCGCAGGAAUCCUUUCAACAAUUACCAACCCGUAUUUCAUCAUAGACUGAAAGAAUGGAGGAUGCAGGAAAGAUGCUAAAGCUGGUGGGUGUUUCAGAAAGUUUUUUGUAAAGUUAGUUACGUACAACUUUACGCACGACUGGAACAUUAACUUAGGUGCUAAGUGAGCUACAUAGAGAUAGUGUGGCACGAGAAAGGUCAUCAGUAGUGCGUAAAGUCUUGCGUAACUUUACGAACAGCUUUAUGAAACACCCACUUGGACUUCUGCUAAAAGAUGCAGCAUAGACUUUUUGACAAGUUGCCUUUAACAAUUCACCGCUCUCCAGGAAUUAACAUUCAUUCCACAUAAGAAAGAAGCCCUUGCGCAAUAUGAUUUUUUUAACUGUUGCAUGUAUUACCUAAAAUGGAUGAUCAUAUUUUCAACUGGGAAGGGUUAUAGGAAUCCAAAUUUUACCUGUUGCAUACUUUCCAACGUUUCAAACUGGAAUUACUUUGCUCAAAAUAAGAGAGAAACUGCAUGGGAAUGGUAUUGUCUGUUGCCGGUUUGUGAAGGGUUUGAAAGACAGUAUUGGUUAUGGUUUUAUUUUCCUAGUGUGAUAAGGAUGUGUGUCAUACAAUAUGCAUGCCCUGCUUUUGUUCUGCUUUCAUUAUACCAAACUCUUUACAUUAAAUUGCUCUAUUUGGUAAUUUUAUUGUUCAUGUACGCCAUGUAGGCGUAAAAUGUACCUUGCAUAUAAAACGCCGUACUUGGAUUUGCAAAUGGUUCAAAUUCAGGUUAAAAAUAAUGUAGGCUCGGGGAAUUUUCACCCCCAAUAGUCUCAAAAGACACCUAGAAAAAAAAGAAGCCCUGAAAAAUCCCCACUCACUGCUACAUGUAUGUGAACAGUGUUGCACAUUAGGCAGUGGGUUGUUAAAAGUAGCCCAAAAAUGAAAAAAAUUGUUGCCUAUUAUUAUUCAUUGAUUACCAUUUCUAAUUGAGUUACUAUCUUCAAUGAAAAGUCAACUGUCCAAUGCUAAUUUAUUCCGCUUUGCUUGCCUAUGGGAAUGGUUCAAAUCUGUUCAAAUUUACAUGCCUUCUUGAGUCCCUGCGUCAAUUGAAUAUUCACUGCUCAUUGAUGGUAUAUAUCUGCUUCGCUUGCCACUCCUUUUUUCUAUGCCCCAAAACAAUAUUCAUGAACACUGAAAACGAUCAGAUUCUUGUCCAUUCAACCAUUGCGCUGAAAAACCAUGCUUUCAUAGUUUCAGUGAUAGCAUUAUUAUUGUUGCAAUAUCUCCUCUUCUAUCCCUAUUAAUCUGUGCCCAUUUGAGAAAUGGAUUUAUGUGUUCAACAUUUUUGUCGCAUACAUAAUUUUGUAUUACACAUAAUAUUUGUCAUGUCAGAUGCAUUUGUAGUGUUAUACAUGCAAAUACUGUAUAGAUGAAACCAGUGCCAGGGAAAAGGGUGAAUGCUGCCCUCUAUAGAUGUAGAGAUUGAGUUACACAGAGCUUUUGCUAUGAAAAUGUCCAAUUAUAUAUGCUGGGAAAGCGUUAGGUCACUAUCAUCCAAUGCAUAAUUACUGCAGCAGUCAAGUAUAAACCAAUUGCUUUAAACCAUCAUUCCUUUUGAAUUGGGUUCAAUAUUUUUACUCCUUUAUAUUCAUGAAAGAAGCUUACGAAAAAUACCAUAUUGUGAUACAGAAGAAAUCGGGUUGAAGACAGGCCCUAUACGCCGUUAUUCAUUUAUUUUUGUAUUCAUUGUUUCUAAUUGUUUAGUAUUCAAGUGUACCAAUUAUUCCCAGAACACUGAUGCAUGUUGAUGCAUGCACUGGCGGAUCCAGGGGGAGGGAGGGGGGGUACAGGCGGCCCGUGCCCUCCCUUUUGAGAAUCAGAAUUAAAAUUUGUAAUGUAAAAAUGCCAUUAAAACAGAAGUGUGCGCCCCCUGUUGAAAGUGAAGACCUUUAUUUUGUUAUUUUUUAUUUUUUUGCUUGUGAAAUUUUUCCUCGGAAAAAUGUGCCCCCCUAUUGGAAAAUCCUAGAUCCGCCCCUGGAUGUAUGGUAAAAAACACUAUUGAAGUACGUGACUGUACACUGUAUGUAUUCAAAUUCUGCUGAGGUUCAUGUAUGAUUGCAGAUUUAAUACUUUUCUCAGGAAAAGAAAUGAAAGUGAGGUUUUUUUUUUUAUACACCUGGUAAAGUUUGCAUUAUUUGAAUGAGUGCCUAUUCAAGUCGAAGCAUUUCAAAGGCUGGGGGCCCGUAACCACUGCAGAAAGGGUACUGUAACAGUGCAAGUCCCAAUUUCUAGAGUUAUGUUUGAUCACAGCUCUUUCUGCAAAGAGCUCCCAGAUUGAGUAUCAAAAAGAAAUCCAGUGACUUCUUUUUAGUUGAAUUUAUCUCAAAUCCUAAAAAUCUGGUUUAAAAAACGUAGUUUACCCCUGCAUUGAUGGAUUUCUAUGGAUUCCAAGAAUUUUUUUGUGGUCUUCGGGAGAAUUGAUGCAGACAGAUUUAAUGUACCAGUUCAUUGUUAAUAGAAUGUUCUAUGAUACAUUCAUUAAUUGCCUACACUUGUCUCUUGUUUGUAUUAAAUUAGUAAUAUGAAGUAAAGUAAAUGCUUUAAUUAUGUCCAUGGUUCUCAAGAUCAGGUGCAAAACAAGUUAUGGUGUCACUUUUUAUGCAGAACAAUUGUUUUGUGUGCAGUUAUGGUGCGUACUGUAGUAUUUGUUUUUGUCUUAAUUUUCUAUAAAGAUAAUAAUCUCCCAUUGUAUAUGGACAGUAAUUAUUUAUCUCCUUUGAGAGUAGUUUUGUAUUCUAUUUAUUUUCUUUUGAUGCAUAUUAUUUAUCUCUGAUUUGCUACAUAUGAGUCUUUUAUGUAGGGAUAGAAAAUACACUGUAAUUUGGCAAUUGUAAAAUCCUGCAAUUUUUUCAUAGAAUAUCUUUCACUUGUAGAUGCUUUCAUUGGCUGCCGUCUUGUAAUUAUGAUACUCUAGGAAAUCUUGAAAUUAUCAUUGCAUAUUCAGUUUCAUGUAAAAGGGAAUUUUUCAGGCAAAUAUUUUUGACAAACACAUUGGUACUAGGGCUAAGCAUAAGAAAUGCCUUCUAACCAGAAUCUGUUCUUUAGUGGGCCUUGUAUCAUUGAAGCUUAGCAGUUGAUUGAGGGGCUGACUUUUAUAAAAUAAAUCAUACGCUGUAAUCGGUGCAAUCAUUCGAGAGCAGCUCCAUGAUCGAUUACUAAGCUAUAUGUCACAGGUUCCUUUUGUUCCCCUCUUUAUUGACUAUUGUAUACAAAGGAUUGGUCGUUCGAAAUUUUAGAAAAGUAGUGUUUAUCACGAUUUGAAUGCUUGGGGUUGUUUUCAUGAGCUUUAUUAACC